UUGAAUCUUCCUCACUUGGCCUCCAUCGAGUUUCCCUUGAACGUCAGAGAUGUGGACAGAGCCAUUUCCAUGGUGGGAGGGCCUGGCAAGAUCAAACGAGCCUUGAUAAAUGACGACUUUCUAGAAUUGAGACUAAGGAAGAACGACCCUUAUCACCAUCCCAUCCAGUCGCAAAACGUCCAUCGAGAGAACAUCCUCUUGAAGAUUUCCUUGCCCAAGGGCGAAUUGCAAAAUGAUAAUGCUCAUCAAUAUGCCAAAUCAACCGAAAUCUGUGAAGUUCAAAGAAAAUAUAAAGCAAUGCCAAUUGCGAUAGUCAAUAAAAUCUACAGAUUCAGAGAAUUGGCAGAUUUUCAGUACAUCAAUAGAGAUUCCCAAUACUCAAAAGUCAUCCAGGAAUCUUUAUUUAAUGGAAAUUUCACCAAAAUUAAACAAUUGAAACUUGACACUGACAAGAGACCAUGGCUUCCCAAUAAUUUUCAAUUGUACUCAAAUGAAGAGAUCCUUUCAAAUCCAGUUACAAAACAACAAAUCACUAAUCUCAAUUUAGAUUUACCAUCACUUCCAAGGUUUUCCACUAUACCACUCUCAUUUAAUUACAACUAUAGAAAAAACCCAUCUGCUCAUAUAAUUAAAGAAGAGUCGGGCAAAAUAAAAUUAAUCAAUUUAAAUCAUGCACCAAGGCUACACACUAUCUUUGUUGAUUGGAAAACUGAAAUCCCAGACUUUCCUCCGCAAAAUUUAAUAGAAAAUUUCGAAAAAAUCAAAAAAGCAGUUGUCAAUGAUCAAGCUGAAAAGCCUAGCCAUCCUCUAAUUUUAAAUUCAGAUGCAAGCUUUGAUAGAGAUCUAUUGCUUUGUAUUUAUUUUUUAAAAGAAAAAUUUGAACAGAAACCUAUUUGGUUAAGAAAACAUCUAUUGGUCAUAUUACCAAGAAAAUUAAAGCCAUUGUUAAAAUACGGAUUGCCGUAUGUUUCAUUUGCUGUUCGUAAGGGGCCUUGGAGACAAUCAUUCGUCAAGUUUGGUGUUAAUCCCAAAUCAUCUAGCAAAUAUGCCAAGUACCAAACAGAAUCAUUUAGAGUCUUGGGUUUCCAUGAAUAUGAACCAGCAAUAGAUAAAGAACAAAGAAAAAUUGAACAAUUUUCUGAGGUCCCAAGAAAUUAUGAAUUUUAUGGUGAUGAAAUGCCAAUUUCUCUAUUAUUUCAAAUUGAAAAUAUUAAAGAUCCUUUGCUUGUUAAAAUUUUUAAAAAAGAAAAAUUAAAUAACAAUGUCAACCUUGCAUUUGGCUGGUACAAUGAAAAUGUUUUAUUGUUAGUUAGAAAUAUUAUGAGAUAUAAGUUAAAUUGUUUAGUGCAUGGUGAAGCGAUAUCCCAAGUCAGAAUUAAUAAAAUAAUUGAAAGAGCUGCGAUAUCUAAAGAAGAGAAGGAAAAGGAAAAGGAAAAAGAGAAGAAAAAAGAAUCUAUAAUUCAAAAUCAAGAUGAAGAAGGCGAGAAAAAUAAUGACAAAGAACUUCAAGAUACAAAUAUAGACAACAAUUAC